AUGGAGAAGGACAUGGAGUAUGUUUACAGGACUUUGGACAUGGACCAGGGGAAGCAGCUGGAGGCCAAGAUCAACAAGCUUGUCAAGAGCCUGCUCAUGUACAACCUCAACAUCAAGAUAACUGGGUUCUUCCCCAUUGUGAGAGAGGAAUGGCCCUACACCCUAGACAUCCUGGACUGGAAGGGAAUUGACAAGCCACAGUUCCUGGGGGAGCUGUGUGGACUUGGUGCUUUGGAGAUGACAAACAAGGCCAAGGCGUGGUGGGGAGGCAAGAUGGAGAUGAUGUGCCAGGUUGACAGGGAUGACUACAAUGAUGAGCUGGAGUGGCAAGGAGACAUUCUGCAUUUCACAUAUAUGCCUCAACAUAUUGAGGUGGACAAGGUCAGCUUCUCCAUUCACAGCAAUGGGCUCCUCCAGGGCAAAGGAAUGGAGAAUGUGCACCUGAAGGCCUACCUCAAGAAGGUCAUGGCUGAGAAGAAGAAACGCCAAGAGGAGCUCACUGCCACUGUCAAGACUAGUGCACAAUGA